AUGACUACCACUCAGAUUACAGUCAGCCACUCGCUGGCUACUCCUGACGUCCCUCAGUCAAGUGUAACGGAAUCCCCUACCGUCUCUCUCCUGGUCUCUAGCUGGACACGGUCUCAAAGCGUUCUGGACCUCGUCAACACGCUCACCACUGAAUAUGUCCAAUCCAUACUCUCCUCUCUUAGUGCCAUCGCUGACACCGAUCUUACAGCCGCGCGCAGUGCCUACAAUGUGAAAUUCCGCCUUUGCGACCACAACCCCAUCACCGCUGGCCCUGAAUACUUGAAUGGAUGCGGCGCCCACGUUGACUACGGUGCCAUUAACAUAGCCUUCAAAGACGGUCCCCCUGGCCUUGAGCUCAAGGAUGCAAAUGUGCUUGGUUCGUGGAUCCCUGUUCCAGGGGAUGCCACUGUAACCCUGACUGGCUGGUGCGUGCUCAUCCUGAGUGGUGGGCGUAUCGCUGCAGCCAGAUACCAUGUUAGACGUAUACCUGAUGUCCGUCGAUUGGGCGUUGCUUUUAUUAUUAUUACGUUGGUAUAA